UAUUGAUAAUGAAAGGUUUCCAUUUACUUAAAUACACCUUACCCGGUGAAUAACCAAUCAGUUAGAUAUUAUCAGAAAAAGAAAGAGGAGAAUUGUUUCUUGGAAAUUUAGAUUGCCUACAUAAUUAAUAAGUUUUAGAUAUACAUAACAUAAAUUGUAUAUUGUCUAUCUGUACAGAAGAAAGUAUUAUAUCUUAAUACAUAGAAAUUAUGAUGGGCCCAAAAUAUAAAUAAAUUUAUUUGGACAUUCACGACAAUAUGAAUUCUCAAAUUAGUAAUGUUUUUGAAAAAUCUUACUUAUUUAUUGAAAAUGCUUUGAAAUCUCAAUAAAAUGUUCUUGUUCAUUGUGCAGCAGGAAUCUCUAGAUCAGCUACCCUUGUAUUGGCCUACCUCAUGAAGAGUUAUCAAUACACCUUAGAACAAGCACUAAAAUAUCUAAAAUAAAAGAGACCAUACGUUCGACCUAAUCCAGGAUUUUUACUAUAAUUACUUGAUUAUGAAAUGUAUUUAAGUAGUAUGAGUUUAGAUUGCUAUUUGGAGCCAUUACAAGCAAUUUAGGACCGGAACUUACACCCUUUGAUGUUUAAAGGGAUGCUCAAUAUAAACCUUAACCUAAAGUAGAGUUGAGAAAGAGUCUCCCUUUGAAGCAAAUUCCUGGUCCAUCUCCAGUAGCAAGAGUAGAAAGGAAAACACAUACAGAAAUACUGACAAGGGUUUCUUAAUCGUUAUCUACUUUUCAACCAAAAGCCUUCAAGUCAUGA